UCCCUGGCAAGUCUACCCCACCCCAAUCUCUUCCGGGAGCGAAAGCAGCCACCCUUUUAAGAUAGAGAAAAAGGUCUGAGAGAAGUGAAAACCAUCUCUUUCCUUGAAACCCUAACACGGGACAAAGGGAUGCUCUCAAGUCCCGAGCCCAAACACCGAAAUUUUAUCGACUGAUGCGUACGCCCUCUCCCUUCUAGUAAUAAAUUGAUGUUUAUUCUUUUCUGUACGUAUAUCCUUUUGCUCCAAGACAAACCAAAAAGCAACACCACCACUGUUUGGGUUGCAGAUCAGAGCCUUAAAGACUUCGGUACUUUUCUGAAAGCUUUCUUUCCAGAACCACUAAUAUCUCUCCCUCUCUCUCUUUUUUUUCACUUCUCUCCAUACCUCGUUCUGUAGCCUCCUCUUAAAUGGCUAUGUGUAAGUAAUUCACAAAAUUUCUCUGCAACAACCCCACCCCCAAGAAAUAAAUAAAUAAAUCUCCCUCACCUCAACCUCUUUUCAUUUUCUGCUCUCUCUCUCAUGGAUUCGGCGAACAGUGGGAGUAUGCAAUCCUCCAGCGGCGGUGACGAAGACUACGAUUCACGCGCCGAAUCCAUCUCCGCCUUCCUGAACAACCCGCCCGCGCACGUCGGUACCUUCACCAGUCAGCAUAACCACAUCCAUAUGUUGGACCCUUUGUCGAAUUACUUCGAUCCCAAUCCCAAUCCGAAUACCGCCCAAAGAUCGCCGUCGCUUUCCAAUUCCAACCCGCUCCUGAACCUGGACAUGGCGUGGUCUAAACCCGGUAGAUCCACGGAUCUUGGGGCCUUGAUGCCUUCUUCAUUGUCAGCACAGAACCAGGGUUUGGUGUCGGGUCAAUUGGGAGGUCAAGGCAGGGGCGGUGCGUUCCCCGCUGCACAGCAAACUCUGCCUUCAGAAAGUUGUUCGCGAGGAUUACUUUCGGUGUCAGGCGCCAAUGAUCAGGCCCACUCCAACUCCUCCAAUAGCAACACGGUUCGAAACCCGAAGAAGAGGUCUAGAGCUUCUAGGCGUGCACCCACCACUGUUCUCACUACGGAUACCACCAACUUCCGUGCCAUGGUUCAGGAGUUCACCGGCAUCCCCGCACCUCCCUUCACUUCCUCUCCUUUCCCCAGAGCCCGUUUGGAUCUCUUCAGUUCGUCUGCUCCUUCUUCUGCUUUCAGAUCUCCCCAUUUCGACCCUCCCUUGCCUCCUUAUCUUCUCCGACCUUUUCCUCACAAACUUCACUCCCCGAACCCGUUUCUGUCUCCCUCUUCUUCCUCUCCAAUGCCGUCAUUUCCCACUACGUCCUCCAUGGUCGAUCCCUUGCCUUCUAAUCCCGCCACUAAUUCUUCUACUUCCAUUAACUACCAACUCACUUCUGAUUUAGGCCUCCUGAAACAGCCUCCUCUCAACGUGAACACCAUGCACGUCCCAUCAGUUCUCAACUUCCAAUCCAUCCUCCAGCCUCCACCCAAAUUCCCUGCCCAGAAUUCUCCCUCCAUUCUCGCCCCUAAAUCUCAAGGCUCUUUGGAAAUUCCUCCCUCUGCUGAUUCACAUCUCAAAAUGGGUGUGUUGGAGGAAUUGGGAUUGACCCAUGCCCACGUUAACGCCAACGUCGCCGGGCUCCAUCGGACCAUGGUUUCCUCAUCAUCGGACGGAGCAAUGAGGAGGAGGGUCGGCAUGGCUGCGAACAACGAAGGAGAUGAUGGAUCGCUCGUGAGGUCUCUUGGUGGCGCCAACUACAGUAACACUGAGCGAGUUGGUAAUGGGAUAGUAAACUACCUGGCUUCUUCGGAUAAUUUUCAUGGAGAGAAGGGGCCGGAGUGUGUUGCUGCUGUGCCGAGAAGUGAAGGUAUGGUGGAAUCAUGGAUUAAUUGCUCAUCUGAUUAGUUAACAACAUCCACCGAAAGGAAACGAAUAAGAAUUUAUUAUCUCACCAGUUCAAGCUAAUGCAUGAAAGAGUGAAUCUACGUAUUCUCAUCUUAUAACCAGACUUAAAACAGUUUUUUAAAUCUUUUUUUCUUUUUGGGUCCUUUCGGUCCCUUCGAAUUAUGUGUAAAUAAUAGCUAGCAGCUAGUUCUUUUCCUUCUUUCUCAUUUUUCUUCCAUUCCUCUUCAUUUUCAACUAUGCUUUUGAUCGUAUGCAUUCAUAUAUAUACUAAAGGAAUAUAUAUCUGGUGGUGGGUUUCGUAUAUUGUUUAUUGCUGCAGGAAUUUGAAAUGUGUCUAUCUGCUAUUUAAUAUAGUGUCUUGCUUUGACUUGCGUGUGAAUGAGAGAAUGAACAACAUAAUUUCCAGUAUUGACCCACGUCGCCUCCUAAUCCCGCUGCUUCCUUCUACCUGCUUCUACUUCUUCUCCUUCCUUCUUUUCUUGUUUUUUUUUUAAUGGCGUUUAAAAAAUUGAAGGUUUUAGGAGUAAUUGGAGGCGAGAUUUGUGGAAUCGCUAGCCGCCGCAAUCUCGUUUUAGUGAAAUCAAAGAUACAUUUCUUCCAUGUGUCGUUUUUUUAUUUUUAGAUUUGUACCCAUAAUAAAAGCAAGAGUAUAAAACACAUGGACAUGUUUUAUAUAUAUCA